AUGGAUGAGCCUUGCUUGAAGAAGCGGAGGCUUCAAGCAAUUGGCACCGCAAAAGUCUCAGUUUCCGACUGGAUACAGGCGCAGUUGCAGGAUUUAGAUUUUUCAGAGCAGGUCAUCAACGCGGUGAAAGAAUCUCUCCGGGGCUACACGCGUGCUGCAUUAUUGGAGGCCUCAGUGGAAAACUUGAAAAAGGCCCUCCCGGAUAGCUGCGACAGGCCUACCAGAGUUGCGGUGGCACAGAGCCUCCACAAUCGUAUUCACCAGCUUUCCACUCAAGCACCA